AUGGAUCUGUUAGCGCAGUUAACUGGAAUCGUUAAACCGAAAGAGGAAGCUAAUUCGGAUGAAUCAAAUUUAAUUAUUGCUUUGAACAGCAAUGAACAGGACGGGAUAGUGGAAGAAUCGGAAGGAAACAAAGUCAACGAUCGAGUCAGCACAAAGCAGAACUUUAUCUGCGGGCAGAAAGGCAGAGAUAGCGGUGAAUUACCUAGGAAUGGGAUCGUCGAAAUGUACAUGCGCAAGGUACCGAAUUCAGGCGUUCAAAUUUUUCGAUCUAAAAAAGGUUUCGAAAAGUUGGCUUACGACGGUUAUCUUUAUAACUUGGACAAGCGCCAUCAGAAAUACGUAUUGUGGCGCUGUGAAAUGAGCAAGAAACCAGGCUACAAAUGUAGCGGUCGAGUUCGUAUGACCGAGGAUUUCCUUGACACGUAUAGCCCUCAUUCACAUCCACCAAAUCCGGUGAAGGUUGUAGCAGACAUAUUGAAAGCAAGGCUGUAUGCUGCUGCCGAGGAUCCCACCAGCAGUUCGAAAUUCUUAUAUCAUGAAGCCGUUCAUUUAGCAUCAUUUGCUGGAUCUUCAGGUUUGCCAAAGCUUGGCUCAAUGCAGCGAGUGAUUAGCAGGAAGAGGCGUCAUACACAAAAAUUACUUGAAGAAAGUUUAAGUCCAUCGAACUGCGACUUGAGCAAUGAACCAUCCACUUCAUCUGCUCCAGGCGAAACAAACUGCUCGAUCACGGAUUUCUUGCAGACUGCUGAACGACUUCAGUUUCUUUUCACUCCUUCCACAGGUAAAAUGCAGCACCAUGAUGAUAACAUUGUUCACUUCGUAGUGACAGAACACUGCUUUUUUCGCUCUCAUUAA